GCAAGCUGCGUGUAACACAGGAUCCUCUCCCUCUAAUCUGUGUAAGUGACCAAUGAGCAGGAUUCAGUCUCCCCUCCCUGAAUCACUGAUCCCUUCAUGGAUAUCUCUCUGAAGUGCGUUGGCAAAGGGACUGCCCCUGCAAGUGACCCUACCUUAGCUCUUUUGAAAAUGGAAAGGGAAGAACACGCUUUAAAGGAAGAUCUCAAGUUUUACUUUAUGAACCCAUGUGACAAAUACAGAGCAAGACACCAGAUCCCAUGGAAACUACUUCUGCAGGUUUUGAAGAUAGUUAUGGUGACUACCCAGCUUGUACUAUUUGGACUGAGCAACCAGCUGGUGGUUUCCUUCAAAGAAGAGAACACAAUGGCUUUUAAACACCUGUUUCUCAAAGGUUAUACUGGCACUGAUGAAGAUGACUACAGCCGCACUGUAUACACUCAGAAAGAUCUCUACGAUAGCAUAUUUUUUGCAAUUGAUCAGAUCAUCUUUAAUAACCAAGCCCAUAGUGGCAAAAUUAAAAUUUUCUUUGAUAGUGAUGCCACAAUUCAAGACUGUAAGGACUGGCAUAUUUCUGGAUCCAUACAAAAGAACACCCAUUAUACUUUGGUUUUUGAUGCCUUUGUUAUCCUGACAUGCCUUACCUCACUUAUACUCUGUACACGAUCUAUUGUUCUGGCUGUAAAAUUGCAGAAAAGAUUUGUGGGGUUCUUUUUGGACAGAUACAAUCAUUACGUAUGUACCUCUGACAAGCUGGAGUUUAUAAAUGGUUGGUACGUCUUGGUUAUAAUAAGUGAUUUGAUGACCAUAAUUGGAUCAAUAUUAAAGAUGGAAAUUAAAGCCAAGAACCUGACUAGUUAUGAUGUUUGCAGCCUUUUACUUGGAACAUCCACAUUACUCGUUUGGGUUGGUGUCAUCCGAUAUCUUGGGUACUUCCAAAAAUAUAAUGUUCUUAUUUUAACAAUGCAGGCUUCAUUACCCAAAGUGUUAAGGUUCUGCUGCUGUGCAGGAAUGAUCUACCUUGGCUAUACAUUUUGUGGAUGGAUUGUUUUAGGACCUUAUCAUGAAAAGUUUGAAGAUCUGAACACAGUGGCUGAAUGCCUGUUUUCCUUGGUCAAUGGUGAUGAUAUGUUUGCUACCUUUGCACAAAUUCAACAGAAGAGCACCCUUGUGUGGCUUUUCAGCAGGCUGUACCUGUACUCUUUCAUCAGUCUUUUCAUCUACAUGAUUCUCAGUUUAUUUAUUGCACUAAUAACGGACUCUUAUGAAACAAUAAAGAAUUACCAACAAAAUGGAUUCCCAGCAACCGACCUUCAGGAGUUCCUAAAGGGAAGUGAUGUGAUCAGACAUACUCAAAACUGUGGAGAGGUUCCACAAAGUGGAGUCUCUCUUUUAUGUUGCUGCUGUAGAAGACCGUGUGAAGAUGACGACCUGAUACUAAUCAACUAAAAUUGUCCUCUGUUGCACAUUUAUUCAGCUGGUACAAAUAAGGGGACUUUAGGGGCUAACUUAUUCAUUGUCUGUCAAAUCUGUCAUGCACAAGGUGUCUAUUCAUGAAGGAAACUUUUUUGUAUUUUGUGGAGACCUCUUCAAUCAACCUCUUCAUUAAAAAGGAGUUAAUUAGUCUUAAUAUAUAAACCAAUUCCUUUUUGGAGUAUAACUAUUACUGAUUAGCUUUUUGAUAUCUGUAUAUUCAUGUUGAAUUGUAUUUCUUGAUCUUAUCUAAGAAUCUAUUUUCCAUUAGGAUUGCAUCCAAUACAGGUUAAUGUUUUACUCCUAGUUUUUUCUAUAUUUGUAAGGUAUAGGAUUCUUGUUUAAAACAAUGUUUGAAAAUCUAAUUGGUUUGAGAUUGUUUUGAAUGUUUAAUAAGCAAUUGACAGUAUGCACUGUCCUUUUUUAAACUAGUAAAAAUUCUUGGUUUCACUAGAAAAAUAAAUUGCAUAGCAAACAUUAAACCAUAA